CCUAGGUGUCGCGUGGUGGGGCUGAACCCGAAACUAUAUGGUUGCAAAACGAGCUUCGUAACCACACAGCAAAACGUAAAACAUAAUUUAAGAUUAACGUUUCAUCGUUCUGAUUUGAUCAAAAGGUUACUUGAAAACUUAUUUCACAUAAGAAAUGGCUGAUAUAAACAGUACAUUGCUGGUACGGCAUUUACCAUCCCAGCUCACCAAUGAAGAUAAAGAAAACUUGCUGUUUCAUUUUGGAGCCAUCAGAGUUAAAGUGUUAGAUAAUUCAAUGAAGCAUUGUGCAUUUGCAACAUUUAGUGAUGAAGAAGCUGCCAAAAAUGCUUUAGAAAGACUCCAUCAAUUGGAAGUGUUUGACAAGAAACUUGUUAUAGAAUUUUCCAGAAAAUCCCAGCAGGAACACUUUCCAAAAUUUAUUGAUAAUGAGAGAAAACCACAGAAGGAUGACAAAAGAAAUUCUAAACAAGGAACAAAAGAGAAGACAUUUGAACCAAAACCUCACAUUGAUGAAGGCUAUUUGAAAUGGGGAAUCCAGUACUGUGCAAACCCCCGUCUCAGUUACAUAUACCCACCACCAACUGUAUCGAUUCUUACCAACAUUGCCAAUGCUUUGGCAUCGUGUCCAAAAUUUUAUGUCCAGGUUCUUCAUUUAAUGAACAAAAUGAAUAUUCCUGCACCGUUUGGAAGUGUUACUCAAACUCCACCGAUUCCAAAUGACAGUGGACCCCAAGAGACAGAUAAUUUAAGUAUGGAAGAAAUGGAAGUUUCAACAACUGAAGAAUCUGAGUUAGAAUCAGAUUCUGAAGGCCAAAGACUAACUCAUGCAGUGGAGCCCUCAAGAAAGCGAGUUCUAAAGAAGAGGAAGAAGCUAAAACAAGACUGGAAUGCUUUGAAGCAGAGUAUGACAGAAUCUAUUAAAUUACCCUCAACCCUACCUGCGUAUUCUGCUCGUGAUGUUUUUGACCAGGCAAAUCUACAAUCAAAGAAAAUCUCCAUCAAGUUACCUGACACAGUUGCUGUUGAAGAACCUUCUGGGGACUUAACAACAAAUAUGGAUACAGAGACACUUAAAACAAAUGAACCUACAGACCUGGAACAGAAUUCUUCAGGUUUUGGUAAGAUUGCGCCUUUAGAAAAGCCUAAUUUACCUGUGGAAGAAGAAGAAGAUGAUAAAUUCAAAAACAUUCAGUUUGUAUCAACUGAGAAACUCCGACAAGGAAGGAUAUCAUCGAAAGACAUGAAAGAACUUUCAGUCUUCAAAAAUUAUCAACCUGGUGAACCAUCAAGUCGACUUUAUAUAAAAAAUCUUUCCAGACAUGUCACUGAGGAUGACUUGUGGAAGAUAUUUGGUUUCUACAUCAAUUCCAAAAAUGAAGAUGAAAGGAACAUGUUUUACAUCAGACUCAUGCAAGAAGGACGGAUUCGAGGACAGGCUUUUAUAACGCUUCCAAAUGAAAAAGUAGCCAAAGUAGCUUUGGAAGAUACUAAUGGCUUUGUUCUCUACAACAGACCUAUGGUAGUACAAUUUGCCAGGUCUGCGAAACAGAAAGAAGGGGAGAAAAAAUAGAAACUAUAUUUUCAUUACUUGAAAAUAAUUAAUUGUAAAUAAAACAUCACAUAUUUUCUACUAAUGUA